AUGUACGCCGAGGACUACCCGUAUCCCAGGUCGCCGAAGGAAACGACAGACUCGUCUGCCGAGCCGGCCUCAGACUUAGCGUCUGUGUCAGCAGCCCCUCCAGCAGAUGGCAACCCUGAAGAAACGACGGCUCCGACGACUGCCACCUCGGAAGAAGACGACAAGAAGAAAAACAAGCGGCGAAAACACAAAAAGAGCAGAAACGGCUGCUUCAACUGCAAAAAGCUCCGUAUCAAGUGCGACGAAAGUCACCCAGUGUGCAAGAACUGCCACCAGCGCCACAAAGAGUGUGUGUGGCCCACGGUGGCCAAGGCCAAGGACAGAGAGGGAAAGGCCUCCGAGCUGUCACCCACAGAGCUGGCAGCUUCCGCCCUCAUGCAUUCCACCUCCAAACAGACCAUUCGACCCACAUCUAUGGCUCGAAUGUUUGACGUGGACUUUGCUGACCUCGAACUGUUACGGUUCUACGUGGAACACACCUCUCCUCAGCUGACCAAGAGCUGUGGGGACGCAGACUACUCUUGGGUGCGGUCCAUCCCGUCCAUGACCAUCGUCAACUCUGCAUUGUACAAGUGUGUUCUCACUGUAGCAUCCAUCCACAAGGCUCACAUGUACCUACCCGAAAAGUACACCUACGAUCACGAGUACGCGCGCGAACGAAAACGACUGCGAAAACACCUGGAAAAACGACGAGAUAGAGAAAACCCGGGCGUGCCGAUAAAACUGCCACCACCAGACAUGACCCGGGUCACAGGAUACCUCAAGCCCAACUCGCAACUGCUGGAGAAGAUAGUCAAAGCCUUUACAGAAGCCCUGGCGGGACAUAGACAGUCACUAGUGACCCUCAACGCCUCCAACCAGGAAUCCAUUCUGUCCACCUCCGUAGUCAUCUUUAUGAUUGCCCUCGCGCUUGGAGAACUGAUUCCCCUCAUCAACUUUGAAGGAGGAGCCGACGUGAUUGGAGUAGGAAGAGGCGUGAUUGAGCUGGUGUUCCAGCUGUCGGCCAAGGAUAGAAUGGUGCUAUUCCCUCUACCUCCUCCCAUGCCCAACAGAUCAUACCUUCCCAACGAACCUGUGCUUUGGCAGCUUAUCUCUACAAUCCCCGACAUGGGCCACCGACAAAUGUGUUCUAUGGAGCUACAACAGCUGAUAGAGCUCUACAAUCUGGACGUCAAACACCGGGGCCAAUCACAUCUUCCCGGUUGGGCUACUUACAUCUCUGGAGGCUUCCUGCAAGCUACUCGAGCAGGAGACCCGUACUGUUUGGUUAUUCUGGGCCACUACUGCGCAUUUGCGCACAUGUCUCAUUCAUUUUUCUGGCUUCGAGAUCGUCUCAGUGGCGACUUGGAAGCUAUCGUUGAUGUGCUUCCUGAGGAGUUCCAUCACUAUCUGGAAUGGCCUCGUUCCAUUUGUGGUAGAUUCGACAUGAACUACCAGGAUCUUAUUUCUGGCAGACUCCAAAAGCUGACCCUGGACGACAAGGAUGAGAAGAUCGAGCCUGCUCACUCCGAACUGGGACCCGGGCCUUCCCAAGAAGGACACCAACAACACUAUGACGGCCCCAUGCUUGAUCUGUUGCAACAGCAACAACAACAGCAGCCCCAACAGCCCAUCCCUCAAGUGUCUCAACAACAGCAACUCGACCAACUGGACCAACAGCAGCUUACACAAGACCAGAUGCUACAGUCCCCACCAGAGCGACGGCAGUCCAACCACAGUCAACUGGGACUCUCCGACAACCAGGAUCCACAUAUCCAACAACAUAUUCUUCACCAACAACAGCAGCAACAGCAACAGCAGCAACAGCAGCAGCAUCAACAGCAGCAGCAUCAACAGCAGCAGCAUCAACAGCAGCAGCAGCAUCAGCAUCAGCAUCAGCAGCAACAACCACAACAACACCAUCAACAUCAACAACCACAACAACCGCAGCAUUCUGGAGAUCUACAUCACUCUGAUCUGCCUCCACCUCCGGAGCAGCAGAUUCCGGAUAUGGGAGAUAUGUAUCAGUACAGCAACCCGGGUCCGUCAGGCCAUGUGGAUCAUCAUUCGCUAAAGAUGGAUCACAAUUCAUCAACCCACGGAUCGAUGCUUUCGUAUGGGCCUUAG